AUGCGUUUUAGUAAGGUUUUUAUCGAAUUUAAUAAUACAAAUUCAUCAAAAAAGUUUGGAUAUUCAAAAAAUAAUUUUGAAAGCGCGGGACCUGAAGCGGCCGCCCCAAGCGACCGAAUAUUGUACAUGAAAAGACUUCCAAGCUCGAUAACAGAGGAGGAAGUGAUGUCACUGGACCCCGACAUUCAAAAAGUCCUUCUCGAUGAUUCUAAAAAUCACUCCAAUACCAAGUACGCGCUUCUCUUAUUUGAAGAUUCGAAGACAGCCAAAGGGGCUCUGAGUAGAUUGAAAGGCGUCAUAAUAGACGAGUGUAACAUCGUAGUUGAUGUCCUAAACGAACUGAAGUCCGUGUCCUGCUGUCAGGUGUCUGAUUUCCCGCUGGCCCCAACCAAAGAUCCUAAAAAGUUAUACGUUACCGAAGAUCGUGAUGAUGAUGAUGAUAAUGAUGAUGGUGGUUGCGGGGAAAAUGAUAAUGAUAAUAAUGGCAAUGAGAAUAUAAAAGCCGCCGGUCGCAUUAGUAGCUGA